AUGGCCGGACAAAACAAUCAGCUGAAGCUUCUAGGCUCGUUCGCGAGCCCGUUUGUGCUGCGAGUGAAACUUGCGCUAAGCUUCAAAGGCUUGAGCUACGAGUACAUCGAGGAGAAGGAUCUCCUCAACAACAAGAGCGAGCUCCUCCUCAAGUCCAACCCUGUGCACAAGAAGGUGCCCGUACUCAUCCACAACGGCAAGCCUGUAUGUGAGUCCAUGAUCAUCAUUCAGUACCUCGAGGAGGCGUUUGCUGACGCCGGCCCCUCCCUCCUCCCUUCUGAGCCCCAUGAACGCACUGUUGCUCGUUUCUGGGCCUCCUACAUUGACGAGAAGCUGUUCAGCUCGUUCAUGGUGAUGAUAAUGGGCAAGACGGACGAAGAGAAGGCAGAGGGGAGGAAGCAGUUGUUUGCCGCGGUAGAGACCUUGGAGGGAGCACUGAAGGAGUGCUCUAAGGGGAAGCCCUUCUUCGGCGGCGACAACAUCGGGUAUGGGGACAUAGCGCUCGGAGGCUUCGUCGCAUGGGUGAAGACGAGGGACCUGUUGUCUGGCUUGAAGCAUUUUGAGGCCGACAAGACCCCACUCCUGGCGGCGUGGCUGGAGCGCUUCGGCGCAUUGAACAAAACUCAGGCAGUCAUGCCGGACGUGAUGAAGCUGGUAGAGCUCUCAGCUGCAGCCGUGGUCCAAGCUUUCUUUCACUUGUUGGCCACCAGAUAUUUGAGGGAUGCUGUGUGUGCGGCAAGCCCUGCGGGUUUUGCAGCUAAAUAUAUUAUGUCCGUGGAAGGCUUGUCCCGCAAAGUAGAUAGCUUGGUGACUAGCCACAAACCUGCCAAUAAACUUUGUGGCAAGCGAUGCGGGUUAGCGGCUGGCUACGAACCAACCCGCCUGCAAGCUUACUCUCAGAAUGAAAGAACAGCUAUAUGUUUUGUUGCCCCUUUUCAGCACACAAAACAAAAGGUGGAUUAG